UUCUUUUAGGCAUAUAUAUAUUUGAGUGCGCAGGUCAUCAUUUCUGCAGGACCGAUCAUCGUCUUCCGGAGUCUACAACAGCCAACUGAUCAGACUUACUAGUUACUAGCCGACAGAUAAUUUCGGAGAAAAUCCCUCGCCCCCCCCCCCGUCCACCGUCACGCAUACGCAGGAGGAGAAUAUUAGGCGGGAUAAAGAGUUACAUAUGGCAAUUGAGGGAUUGUACAAAGCUGUGCGAGACGGUGAUUUGAAUAAGACAAGAGAAAUUCUUAACUCUCGAUCUGAGGAAUGCAAUAUGAUAAUCACAGAUGGAAACGAAACGGCUCUUCACAUUGCUCUUCACAUUGCUGUUGCAAAUGGACGUGUGAAUAUAGUGAAGGAGUUGGUGGAUCAUAUGUUGUCAGACAGCUUGGAAAUACAUGAUAGUAACGGUCACACAGCUCUAAUCAGGGCUGUCGUGUUUGGAAAUAAGCCAAUGGUGGAUUGCAUGCUUGAAAAAAGCCCUGGUUUGAUCAGUAUUAGAAGUUCCAGAGGGAAUAAUCUUCCCAUUGUUAUGGCUAUUGAUUUCGGGCAAAUAGAAAUGAUGCGCCAUUUGUUUAAAGCUAAAGAUUCUAUUCCAGAUCUGGAGAUUCAGGACCACAAUGGUGCUACGCUUCUUACUUGUGCUAUCUAUGCCGGGACUUUGGAUAUUGCUUGGAAAUUAAUCCAACAGCGCCCACAUUUGGCACUGGCUAUUGACAACUAUGGCGAGUCAGGAAUCUUAGCAUUGGCCUCUGUGCGUCAGUCCUUCCCAAGUGGGAGACAGCUUGGGUUUUGGAAACAAUGCAUCUACUCCUGUAUGUGCAUUCCAUUGGCUCCUGCAAUCAAUGACCAAGCUGGCCAAAGCAAUCGAGAAGCAAUUAACAGAUCAUCAGGAAUCUGCACGCAGGAGAUCCAUGACCAGUACUACGAUAAACUUCUUUCUGAAAUGCUUCAAGUGAUAUCAGAAUCAGAAAGUCAACAACUUGAGGCUGGCCUAGUUUAUGAUGCCAUUAGCCGGGCUGCCGAGAAUGGGAUGUUUGAGUUCGUUUCAAAGAUGCUUGAAACAGAUCGACGAUUUUUAUGGACUGAAGACGAAAACAAAAGGAACAUAUUUAUGCUUGCUGUCUUGCAUCGUCAAGAAAAAAUCUUUGGCAUUCUAUACCAGCAAGAUACGACGAUGAACUACUGUUUGACAUGUUUAGAUCUCUAUGAAAAUAACAUGUUACAUAUGGCAGGGAUGAUGAAAGAAGAAUAUGCCACCAGGAUUAAUCAAAUUUCAGGGGCAGCUUUACAGAUGCAAAGAGAGUUACAAUGGUUCAAGGAGGUAGAGACAAUUGUCCUUCCCAAGUAUAAGGAAAGUAAAAAUAAAGGUGGUUUAACUCCCCGACAACUAUUUACGAAGGACCACAAGGAUAUGAAGGAAAAGGGAGAGAAAUGGAUGAAAAAUACAGCAACGUCAUGUACGGUGGUGGGUACUCUCAUUGUUACUAUUAUGUUUGCAGCUGUCUUUUCAUUUCGAGAUGAUAACCAAGGCAUGGGCUUGCCAAAGUCCUUGAACAAGUUUUUGUUCAACAUCUUCAUAAUAUCCGAUGCAUUGUCUCUUUUUUCUUCAUCGACUUCAGUCUUGAUGUUUUUGGGAAUCCUCACAUCACGUUAUUCAGAAGAAGAUUUUCUUGAGUAUUUGCCGAGACAGAUGAUAAUAGGCCUUUUGACUCUCUUUUGCUCUAUUGCGUCCAUGAUGAUAACCUUUUCAAGUGCUCUUUUAAUCAUCCUACAUGAGCAAUUAUGGAUUGCAAUUCCUCUCAUUUGUUUGGCUAUUGUUCCAGUCACGUUGUUCGUAUGGAUUCAAUUCCCAAUUCUUAAAGACAUGAUCAUUUCAACCUACGGGCCAAGCAUCUUUGACAGGAAAAUGAAAAGUUAAUUAAUAUAGUUGAUCCAUUGUGUAAUUAUGGUACUGCUUGCAGCAGGAGAUCAUGUAUAUAUAUUUGUUGCAUGAAUUAUUGGCAUAUAUAUUAGCCAAAACCAAAUAUUUGUUCCUUUUCGUUGGACCGAUAAGUACUGAUGGAUUUCAACAUGUUUAUCUUGCAUA